AUGUCCGACUCUGAGACCAUCGAGCUAGCUGCUCUGGGCCGACCCUUCCAGCUGGGGAUGCUGUAUGACUGUCGCAGAGAUGUCCUCAUUCCAGGUACAGGAAACUAUUACUAUUUGGUUUGGAGGUAAUGCAUAUUGAUUAUCUUAAAUUCAUUGACAGUGUUUCCACCAUUUGAGUUGGAUAGAGGGCACACUGUUCUAGCAUGGGGAACGCCAUUGACGGCUUUCACCAUUUUAAAGUAGUUUCUAUGGAUUAAGGAAGAAUCAGCAGGAGGGGUCAGCCAAUGAAUUGCACUCCUGAGCAAACAUUCCAUAACUGCAGGUGUCAGUAAAUCACCAACCUGGGCUUUAUACCUGUUCAGACUAUAUACACUCCGCACAGUAGGUGGUGGUAUGCACCUUUUCAAUUGAUUUACAAAACUGCUAAUACACUCAUAGAAGUUGAAGAAGACAUUUGGGCCAUACUUGUGUACAUAAGCAAACAUUUAAAUGUAAACAGUUUCUCCAGCUCAAAAUGUGUCUCGGCUAAUUACAAUAGUCACAUUACAUGCACGUGACAGAAUGCUAACUUGUAACUGGUCCCAUCAGAUAACAUUUUUACAUUUUAGUCAUUUAGCAGACGCUCUUAUCGAGAGCGACUUACAGUUAGUGAGUGCAUACAUUUUCAUACUGGCCCCUCGUGGGAAACGAACCCACAACCAUGGCAUUGCAAGCGCCAUGCUCUACCAACUGAGCUACAGGGGACAGAUAACAUGGCAUACAUUAGCCCUAUGGUAACAUCACCAGGUGGCAGUGAUUAUAUUCUGUCUGAUCCCUCCUGAGGACCCAGAUUGAAUUAUGUAAUCCUUCCUUAACCCAAAGGAAGUCUCGCCCAGUUGACUACUUCAAAAUGGUGAAAGUCCUCAAUGGUGCAGCCCAUGCUAAAACAGGCUUUUGGGCACUAAAGUCCUCUUUGAUGCUGUAACAGAAGUGGCUAUUGCAAAGAGAGGUGAGUUUUCUGGUACAUCUCUAUGGUCUCCACAGAGUAAGAAAAGCUAGAUGACGCACUUGGAACAAAAGACUGAUGGCAUGCAAGUCGUUUUUGAAGUGGUCAUUUAGUAGAAAUGAUCAAUGGCAAAGAUACUAAAGAAAAAAAAAGAGUGCUAUGUGGCACCAUUUGUCCCUGUAGGGGAACCAUCUGUUAAAAGGUUCUAGAUAGAACUCUUUCUGGUUCCAAAUAGCACCCUUUAUUUGGAACCCAGGUUCUAUUUGACCUGGAAAGGGUUCUAUCUGGAACCCAUUUCCAGACUGGUUCUCCUACAAGGACAAAUGGUGCUACAUAUCACUCUUUUCUUCUGAGAGUGUAUGAGGUUUAGGUUUUCUAACUAUGGGUGUCAUGUCACCUAGAAUAUUUACUUUGAGUUCAAUAUUUACCUUCAAUUAGUUAUUUGAAUUAAACCAUGUUUACAUAUAUAAAUAAUUAUACAUGUACACGUUGGAGUAUUAUUUUCACAAUAAACGUUCUUUGGUCAUUCUCUCUUUAAACUGCAGGUAUCACUCUCUGGGAUUCUGAGAUGCUGCGGAAACACAUCAAUGUCCGUCCACAACCAAACACUGACUUCAAAAUCAUUGCUUCAGACUCAAGUGAAGCAAAGUCAGAAGCUUUGAAUGUGUCUGCAUCUCUUGAGGCCAGUUUUCUUGGUGGCUUAGUCAGUGUGAAAGGAUCUGCUGAAUUCCUACAUGACAAAAAGACCUCAAAUCGUCAGUCUAGGGUUUCUCUGCAGUACCGUACCACCACUCGCUUUGAGCAGCUGACCAUGGACCACCUGGGGGCAGGAAAUGUGAAACAUUGUAAUGUCUUACAAGAGGGCUCUGCAACCCAUGUGGUGACUGCCCUGCUCUACGGAGCGCAGGCCUUUUUCGUUUUUGACCAAGAGGUUUCCUCAGGAGAAAACCACCAGGACAUCCAAGGAAACCUGCAGGCCAUGAUAAAAAAGAUCCCUCUCAUAUCAAUAGAAGGGCAGGCAAAGUUGAAGAUGAGUGAGGAAGAGAAGAGGGAGGCCAAUAAAUUCAACUGCACUUUCCAUGGUGAUUUUGCACUAGAAAACAACCCUGUCACAUUUGAAGAUGCCAUCAGGGUGUAUGCUGGCCUGCCACGUCUGCUAGGGGAGAACGGAGAACACGCUGUGCCCAUGACCGCCUGGCUCUAUCCUCUCAAGAACCUGGACUCUGCAGCUGCCCAGCUAGUCAGGCAGAUCAGUGUUAGCCUGGUGCGUCGCGCACAGCGACUCUUGGACGGACUGGACAAUACUGAUGUACAAUGCCAGGACAUGAUGAAGGAAGACAUGGCUAUCAAGUUCCCUGAAAUCAAAGCCAAGCUCAACAAGUUCAGGGACUUGUGCUCAGAGUACAAGCUGGUGUUCCAGAAAGGUCUCUGCAAGGUUCUUCCCAAAAUAAGAGGAGGAGGAAUGGAGGAGGAAGAGCUGAUAAAAAUGCUCAACAGCAAAGAACGUUCUCCAUUCCAGAAUGACCUUAUGAUCACGUACCUGGAUGACAGAGAGAGAGAGAUGAAUGUUGUCAGCUCUUACCUUGACAUAAUGAAAGAGGUACAAGUUGUGUACUCAAGCAAUGAAUUGGACGGAAUAGUGCUUGAUCAAGCUAAUGAUUAUGUAGUGUGUUUUGCAUUUUCCAAUUUGAAGGAGAAAGAAGAGUAUGUGGUAGUCUUGGAGAACUACUUGCUGGAAGAAUCUAAAAGUGAUUUUUCACUGAUGCCUUUCAACCCCAACGCAGCCGGGAAAUCUGCAGCAGAAAAGUGGUUUCGCUCGGGGGAGGUAACCACCCUAACCAGGCAAACCAUAAAUCUGUUCCUAGACUUCAAAGAGUCAAACAAAGGCAGAGAAAAUAUUGCAUUCUGCAUUGCAUCAAUGCCAAACAAACUCCUUACUGCGUCGUCCAUCCAUGUCUACGAAAGAGGGACACUUUUGAGUCCACAGUUUGAGCUGCCAUCAAAGCCAGGUGUCCCCACCAUCAAGAGUCUGGAGCAUGACUGUGUCCACUUGCAAGUCAACCCUCCCAACCUUGGUGUUACCUCUGUGGAGUCAUACCACGUUUUGUACCAGUCUGAGCAGGCUGACUCUGAGUGGACAGAGGUCAAACCUGAUGCUACAACUAACCAGGUCACCAUCCGUAAUCUGGACCCUUACAAAAAGUACCGCUUUAGCUGCAAGGCGGUGUGUAGACCUGGUGUGAGCCUCUCCAGUGACUGGACAGAAUACUUCAGGACCCGUUCAUGUAGCCCCCCUGGACCACCCACAGAGAAGAGCAUAGAAUCGGGACGUAUCAGAGUGAACUGGGACAUUCCUACCAUGGUUGGAGACGAUGUUGCAGUCAUCGGUUAUGUGGUUGAAUACAGACAUAGUGUAAAGGCUAUAGACAAUCAGAUGUGGCACACCAUCAACACCACCACUAGAGAGAGUACACUGGAAGGACUAGAGGCUGACACUGCAUACAGCAUCAGGGUCUCUGCUAACUGUGGCGAAGCAGGGAAGAGUCUACCUAGUCCUGAGACUGUGCUGACUACCAUUAGGGUCUCUGAUGCCCAACCGAAGACGAGCAAAUCAACCGGAGCAAAAAGUGAGGAAUUCCUCAAAAAAUCCCAGAAGGUGGAAAAGGGCAACCCCUCAAUCCACUGGCUGAAUCUGGAAGAGAAGUUUGGUGUAAAUGAAUGUUUUGGCCAGUACAGAUUUGGGAGGAAGGUUGAGCAAGGGAAUAACAAGGUGAUAAUGCUUCUGGGGGCCACAGGUGCAGGAAAAACAACUCUGGUCAAUGUCAUGAUAAACUACAUUCUCGGGGUAAAGUGGGAAGACUGUUACCGCUUUAAGCUCAUCCAUGAGGUGACCAACAAGUCACAGGCUGAGAGCCAGACUAUAGUUGUGACAUCAUACGAGCUCUACAACCAGUCAGGCUUCCAGAUUCCUUAUUCUCUGACUAUCGUUGACACACCAGGGUUCGGAGACACCAGAGGAAUGGCUCAGGAUAAAUUGCUCAUCCAGAUGUUGAAGGAUUUCUUGUGUAAUCCUUUAGGGAUUGAUCACAUUGAUGCAGUCUGCUUUGUAGUGCAGGCAUCACUUGUUCGUCUCAGUCCUUCCCAGAGAUACAUCUUUGAUUCCAUCCUGUCCAUCUUUGGAAAGGAUGUUGCUGAAAACAUCCUGAUGCUUGUGACAUUUGUUGAUGGGAAGCAGAUACCGGCGCUAGAGGCCAUCAAAGCUGCAAAUCUGCCCUGUAAGAAAAACAAGAAGGGGCAACCAACCCAUUUCAAAUUCAACAGUUCAAUUCUGUUCUUAAAGGAGAUGGAGAGCAGCAGUGAAGAGGAUGGUGAUGAUGAUGAUGAUGAUGAUCAUAAGUCACAGUGUCCAGAGCAAUGGAAGUCAACUUUCAAGGAGAUGAAGAAAUUUUUCCAAGUGCUGGAAAGCAUUGAGAGCAAAGAUCUGACCCUGACAAAGAAAGUGCUGGAAGAACGUGAGCUUCUGGAGAAGACCAUGACACGCCUGACCCCUCAGAUCACAGCAGGUCUGUCAAAGCUAAGUGAGAUCAACAGCUUCAAACUGUGUCUGGAGAACGAGGACGAGAACAUGAAACAGAACAAAGAUUUUGAGACAGAGGUAAAUGUGCUGCAGGUGAAGAGAAGCAAAUUAUCCCAGGACUUUGCGACAAACUGCAAGGUAUGCAAUUUCACAUGUCACACCUGCUGCUUCCUCCCAGAUGAGGAUGACAUCAAAAGUUGUGCCGUGAUGGAUGAUGAUGGCAACUGCACCGUAUGUCCAGGAAAAUGCUCUUCCAGUGACCACGACAGGGAAAAAGUAUUGUUGACAUAUGAAACAAAGACUGAGAAAAAGACUAUUCAAGAACUGAAGGACAACUUCAUGAAGGCGUGGGGCAAGUAUAUGUCAACCAAGGAGAUGCUGGAUAAGCUUAAGGAUGAGUUGCACAUGAUCGAGGACGCGCUGACGAAUUUGAUCAAGCAGUCUUCUGACUGUCUCAAGAGACUUAAUGAAGUUGCACUGAAUCCAAGCUCUCUCUCCACUAUGGAGUACAUUGAGAUACUCAUUCGCACAGAGGAGGAUGAACGCAAGCCAGGCUUCGAGGAUCGGAUCGUAAGGUUGAAGAAGAUGAAGGAAGAGUCUGAGAUUCUGGACAAGAUUGCAAAAGGAGUAGAUUUACUCCCAAAUGAGCGAAAAUUCAUGAAAGAUAAAGAGGAUAGACGGCAGGGGGUUCCAACAUAA